AAUUACCAACACAUACGCAGAUGCCCAUCAUGCUAUCCGUUCUUGCAGAUAAAGAGGGCAGCGCCCGUCGCAGGGACAAGCGCGACUCUGUCUGGGCUAAGGUCUUCUUUCCGGUCACCGAUAUUCGCAAGGACCGCCGGCAGUGGGUGCCACGAGAAGAGUGCCAGCGACUGUACAAGGGCGUGGUGUCGGUUCUCAGGACCAUUAUAGGCAGACCCUCAUUCAACGAUGAUUACCGGGGCUGGCUCUCCCUCGUUAGUGUCGACACACGCAAGGACAUCGUAUGUGAAGGGUUCGAACAGGCAGGCUAUCGAUCUCGCAUUGGUCAUGACGCACGGAUGCUAUGCCCCGAGCUGAACUCUAGUGACUUGUUGAAAGGGCGUGGAAAGGGGAUCUGGGAUUUAUACGAUAACAUUAUCGAGCUGGACAAUGCUGGAGGAAUGGAGAAUUUCAAGAAUGUUCUCAUGAAGAGCGAGUGGUUAAAGAACGCGUACGGGGACGGCAUGGUCUUCCACACAACUUCGGAGAUCAGCAAAUGGUGUGAUGAAUUCACCACCUGUCUCAGGAUUGAGUAUUUCAUCGAUUUUAUCCUGCGUACACUCCAGAUCAUAGUCAGCAGUUGCCACGAAUUCACCGAAAACACACCUACGGACUCCAUCGUCGCGAAGAGGCUCCAGGUCAAGAUGCAUGACUAUUAUCCUGUCGACUACGUACUCUUCAGCCGCAGCGGAUAUCCGGAGGGAUUCGAUGUCUCAUUCUGGGACGACGAUGAUAAGAGCGAUAUGUUUUUUGACUUGUUGAACACGUUGCUGAUUGAAGCUGAGAAGCCCGGUCUGGAUGUGAUCGCUAAAUGCCUCGUUGAUGCCGUCGAUGGCAACGAUGUCCAGUCCAAAAUCACGAGAGAAGGCAUAAUAGCUCAGCUCACAGAGGAGUACGAGGUUGAUGUCCGAACCCUGCUGGAAGAACUCGAGGCGACUCUUGUCAUGGAGGGCGACGAGGAACGAUACAAGGGGAUGAUCAUCCAGGAGCUCCACUGGGAGGAUGAAAGUCAGGGAUCAGACGACGAUGAAUCAGACGAUGAAGACUCUGAUAAUGACGAGUCAUGCGCCGAGGUGCCUUUGCCUCGAGAGGUGUCUCCCGCGAAGAAUAACCCGAAGAACCGGAAAGAAUAA